AUAUAUAUAUAUAUAUAUAUAUGUAUAUUAUAUAUGUAUAUGUAUAUGGAUGCAGUGUUCUUGCGACAAUAGAAAACUUGUGUAUCGUAUCCUUCAUCAACUUGUACAUUACGCGUUUAUCUCUGUAUAUUUUUUUACGGUUGCUCGAUCGCCUUUUAUAUUUCUUCAUAUUUCUUCUUCGAUCGUGGUUUUCUCUUGUGCCUCGUUUCGUCGCGCAUAAAAUUCAUUAAGUCGUCAGGUAAGAUACAAGUUUUGUUGAUUCACGCGAGAUUUGGAUUGAAAUAAAAAAUGAAGUAAAUAUAAUAUUGCGAGUUUUUUUAUCUUAGCUCGCGAAGACGAGGUAUCUAGAGAUUCACACGGUUGAGUAGAGACUGUCGUGUCGUGAAAAGAAAUGAAUUGAACGAAUGUAACCGUAAGCAUGUCUUGUACGUAGUUAGAUAAUGUAAUUAAUUAAUCGUUCUCGAGUAAGAGAGAGAGAGAGAGAGAGGAAAGAGAGUCUUGUGUAAAUGUAAAUUAUUACUGUGUAUUUACCGCUAUUACUACUACAAUUAGUGCUAUUAUUACAAUUAUUAUUAUUAUUCGUAUGAUUAUCAUUGUUGAUUUAUAUAGUGUUGUGGAGAUAUCGUCAUUGGACGAUUGUGCAAUUCUCAUCGUGAAGAAAUAAGAUUCCCCGAUCAAUCGAACAUACGAAUUCGCGACUGCAAUUUCAGUGAUGUCGCGCGAUUAUAUAUAUUCGGCUUCGAUAUCGAUAUCCGAAAUUAGUAUAACCCGCGCAAAUGUCUAUAUAUAUAUAUAGAGAAAAAACGCUCGUCGGAUUAUAUUCUUAAUAGUGCUGGACAGAAUUUAUGACAUUUACGGCGUCGUUCUUCGUUACUAAUAUUAGGUGUACAAUGCAAACUGUGUCAAUUCCACAUUUCCCGGAAUAAAGAUCGUUAUGUGUUAUUCCUGGAAGAGCAUCAGCGUAUAUAAGUAUAUACGUUCGUAUCUAAUUUGAAGCGGAUUUAGUUACGAUAACAUCUUAUAACAUUUUAUAUUGUACACGUAAUUAAACGAAAGACACGUCACAAAAAUGAAAAAGAAAAAAAAACAAAGAAAAGCGAAUUGUACUGACUGAGAAAUACGUUUGUGUGAUACAAGACGCGCGUAUCUUCUUCUUAUAUCUCUCCCUAUAGUGCUCCUUUUUUGUCUCUUUUUUUAAAUUAAUUUAUUUACUUCUUCGCAUUCUCUUUCCUUCUCGCGCGUUCUUCCGUAAUCAUCUCGUAUCUCUGGGAGAGAAAAUAAAAGUGGUCUUUUUUGCAUCUUUUGCUAUAGCAAAGCGGCGACAAAUCGUAUUAUUUAUUCUUUUAUCCUCAUAUAUGCGUUUAUAUACGUUUCUUUUAUCGAACGGAAAAUUAAGUCGGAUCUAUCUUCCAAAGAGAUUUAAAAAAAAACAACUACGCAUAUAUAUAUGCGAUGUCUGCUCGUCUUUAUCCAGCUUCCGCGAUGGUUCAAUCGAAUUCAACAACCGCUGCCGCGUUAUUCGUUUACAAAAAAGAGGUGUAUGCGCGAAAUAAAGGCCUGCACUUUUUAUGAAACUCUAUUUGCUGUUUUGGCGAACACACCUGUGUCCUACGUCGACAAUAAUAAUAUACAUACAUGUCGAAAGAAAUUUAUCUGACAGACUUCUCUUUGUUUCCCAAUUUAUUUAUCGACUUAAUGAUGAGUCAUCGCUGCAGCUUUGCGACGAAAAUUGUCUAGGUCAGCCACAGUGAUUUUUUUCGCAGCGAAACGAUUUAUAAAAUAUGAAACCAAGAAUUUAUAUUAGAAACAUAAUAUCGAUUCUUCAUGAGAAAUGAUAAUGUGUUUACAACAACGUGAGAUAACAUUGAAAAUAAUCACUGAUACGAAAAUCGAGACGCCAAGAGGGGAGCGAAGAUGAUGGCGACCCACGGGGUCGACUGUUUCGUCUCCUCUUCGGUUUGUUAUUUAUUCUUAUUGUUGAGCUGACAGUCAAUAAGUUAGUUUGCGCGUAUAUGAUGAGGCGAAUGGAUCGAACAGUUAGCAUGACCGUGCGAAGAUCCAGGAGAGAUUCAGACCUCGUGCUAUCGCAUUUCGGUCAUCUGAAGGAACAUCUCUUCAAGUUCCUCGUCAUAGGCGAUUAUGGUGUCGGGAAAACUGCGCUGGUCAGAAGAUAUACGGAAGGGAAGUUUUCCUCGAAUUACAAGAUCACCAUAGGCGCUGAUUUUGCAAUAAAAACGCUCGAUUGGGAUCCACAUACUAAAAUAAACUUGCAGCUAUGGGACAUCGCAGGUCAUGAGAGAUUUGGAUAUAUGACAAGGGUCUAUUAUAAAUACGCGGUGGCCGCGGCUCUCGUAUUUGACAUUUCGCGCGCGGCGACCUUUCAAUCGAUGAAGAAGUGGCUGUGCGAUCUUAGGGAAAAGAUCACGCUGCCGGAUGGCUCGAAUAUACCGGUCAUUCUUUUGGCGAACAAGUGCGACAUAUCGGUCGCCGUGACCGAUGAGCAGAUCUCCAGGUUCUGCAAGGAGAACAGGAUAAACGGCUGGUACGCGACUUCCGCGAAGAAUAAUACCAAUGUUGAUAUAGCGAUGCGUCAUUUGGUGGAGAAGGUGUUGUGCGCAAAAAUCGACAAUGGUGUACGCGAUUCGAUUCGAUUACAACGCGAGAGCUUAUUGAAACAUGAAAAAAUGCAUUGUUGCAAAUAGAGUGCAAAAUGGAUAGAUAUUUUAAGAUUUUAAGAUUAUUCAAAGAUGCGCAUGUUAAAAGAAUCUUCAAGCAUAAUAUAAUCAUGUGAAAGGUUUCAUACGAUGGGAAAAUGGAACUGCGAUUAUCUCGUUAAAAUAUUUAUAUAUUAAAGAUUUAUAUACAACAUUG